AUGGCCGAGGCUCAGCAAGUCCCCACCUUCAAGCUGGUGCUUACCACCUUCGUCAAGCGUCACUUGACUGGUGAGUUCGAGAAGAAGUACAUGGCCACACUCGGUGUGGAGGUUCACCCGCUAGGUUUCGAAACGAACUUCGGCAAGAUCCAAUUCGAUGUGUGGGACACCGCAGGUCAGGAGAAGUUCGGUGGUCUGCGUGACGGUUACUACAUCAACGGACAGUGCGGUAUCAUCAUGUUUGACGUCACAUCCCGAAUUACCUACAAGAACGUCCCGAACUGGCACCGUGACUUGGUUCGUGUCUGCGAGAACAUCCCCAUCGUUCUCUGCGGUAACAAAGUCGACGUUAAGGAGCGCAAGGUGAAGGCCAAGACCAUUACUUUCCACAGGAAGAAGAACCUUCAGUACUACGACAUCUCGGCCAAGUCCAACUACAACUUCGAGAAGCCUUUCCUGUGGCUCGGCCGCAAGCUUGUUGGCAACCCCGCUCUGGAAUUUGUUGCCGCUCCUGCCCUUGCUCCCCCCACCGCCGAGGUAUCCGCGGAGCAGCAGGCCGCAUACGAGGCCGAGAUUCAAGCGGCUGCGACUGCGCCCCUGCCCGAUGACGAUGACGAUGACUUCUGA